CUAGACCAUAUUGAGCUACCCGGGCGGUAAGGUCGGAGAAGCGGACAUGCUUGUCAACAUAUCACUGAUACUUGUGAAGUUUGACUGUAAAUACCGUGUUUAAAGAAAAUAUCGCUGGUUAGUGCAGACGCUCUCAGCAUGGUGUUAAUAUGUAGAUGAUGUCUGAAGCUGCUCUAGAGGAAGUCUCCGUGCUGUCCUCCAUCUACUGCGGGGAGGGAGAGCUCACAGUCCGGCAGCAGGAUGCUCAGGAUGGACUCAUGGUGCAGAUCAACAGCAGCGUUGGAGGAGAAAGGGGGCUGGACGUGAGUCUGUUGUUACACCUGCACCCCCCCUACCCUCUGUGCCCCCCUGCAAUCUCGGUCUCCUCCAGCAGUCUCUCCAGGACUCAGUGUCAGGACAUCAGACAGAAGCUGCUGGGUCAGGCUGCAGCUCUGCCUCCAGAGCCCAUGGUGCACCGGCUGGUGGAGCGGCUGCAGGAGUGUGUGGAGGUGACAGAGAUGUGUGAGGAGGUGAAAGAGGAAGAAGAGGAGGAGGAGUGGACGGCGGUGCUGUCGUUGGACCACAUCCGCUCCCGGAGCCGGUACGUGGGGCAGCUGCAGCGCUGGAGCCUGCAGCUGCAGCUCACUGGGAGGCUGUUACUGGGACGCUGCAUACUGAUGAUCCUGCUGGGAGCCAGGCCGAGCAUCAAGGAGUUUUGUCGCCUGUUGAAGACAGUGAAGGUGGAUGUGGAUUCUUCAGGCAGGAAGUGCAAAGAGAGGAUGAUGAAGGUCCUCAUUGAAAGCCCUUUGUCUCCCUAUGCUGGACAUGGGCUGCAGGGUUUCGUGGUGAAGAGCUACGAGUCGUUACCAGAGCUGAGCGCAGCCUUCCAGGAACUCAACAUGACAGAGAUCUACCAGCAGAUACUGCCAUCUUUAAGUGGCUGACGGCACACAGGUUACCACGGUGAUGGAUCCUAAACUGGAAAAAAGAUCUUUGAAAAGAUUCAGACUGAGAAAGCAGGAACAGCAACCUGACUCUAGAAACAUGAAGCACAGGAAGAGCUGACUGGACAGAAUGUUCAAUAAAUGUAAAGCCUCCCCCCCAAUACCAAACAUGGUUUCAUUACUGCUGAUUGGUUGUGUGAUGCUGUGAAGACAAAUGACAGCAGAUCUAAAGGUGAACAUUUUCUUUGAAGAAAACUCCUCACACUCUGACCUGUAUCUAUAGUUGUUAGUGUCAAGAAACACCUUGCAAAAUAUAUUUUCAUGGAGGUCAUUUUGUUCCUACUUUACAGACAGUAGCUUAGGCUUCCUACACAGUAUGGAAAGUAUGGAAUUAUAUUUUAGCAGUGGUGGAAAAAGGAGGCAGAUAUUUUACUCACUCGUGAAAGUAUAAAACCACAUUGUAAAAAUACUUUGUUACAUAUUACAUAUGACUAAAAUUCAAAGUAAUCAAUAUGUACAAUUUGUAUAAUAACAUAUAAAUUGUUGAAUGAUAACUACAGUAUCAGUGUAACUCAAGUACUCUACUUGAGUAUAAUACUAAGGUGCUUGGGUAUUUAAAUGUUAUUCUACUUUAUAUUUCUACUCCAAUACAAUUUGGAGGCACAUAUUUUACUUUUUUCUCAGUAAAUGUUGUUGAUACCUUUUAGUUACUUUGCAAAUUAAAAAAUCAACAAAUAAAUUACGAUAUAAAAUGAUUAUAGAUUCAGGGAUGCAAACACACGUAUGGUGAAAAAAGAGAGAACUAUUCGAAGCAGAAAAAAACCAGCGUAAUAUACCAUCUGACAAAGGCCUGUGCUAUAAU